AUGCCUGCAAACAAAUGGCGACCUCUCGAGGCCAAGAAGGCUCCGUGGGAGCACCGGCGUCCACCCAAACAGGUAGAGGCGGCGCCACCUGUUGACGAGGCUAAAGAACAGCAAGACAUUCUGGAGCUGUUCCGCCAAGGACGCAAGGAAAUGAGGUUCGAAGUUGACAAGGAGGCCGUUCUUGUCCAGCUUCCAGAAGUCCUACAGCAGAUCUCCUUGACGACGGCUCAUGAUCAACCCCUGCCUGAACUGCGCAAAGCAUUAAAGUUUGAUUCGAAGAAAGACAAGGCCCCAGCGAUCGCAAAGGUAAACGAAAGCGUCGUGAUGGUUGGAAUCCAAGCCUAUUUAGAGGCUCGAGGUCUAAUCUCGGUGCUUCCGGUACUUGAUCCAACACAGGUCCGCACGGACGUAAACAUUUCCGACUGUGAGUUUCUUCGCGAGGCACCAUCGCAUGCCGUACAUUCACGCAAGAAAGUGAACUGCGCCUCGCCAUCUUCGCCGCGUGCAGCAAAACAGGCCGCAAGACGCUCCGAAACGCCUUCGGGGCCUUUUUGA